UUAUCUGGUAGAAUAAACUGUUUGCAUUGCAAAUAAUGGGAGAAGCUCUGUUUAUCAUUGCAUAUUCCAUUAUUCCACUAUAAUAUGACAUCUACUUCUGUUUUAUCGAGGACUGAAGUUUGAGGUGAAACAGAAUGACAUUUCAAAAUUGUCAGGUGCUUCAAGAAUAAAAGAAUACAGUAUCAUUGCAAUGUCUACCAUAAUUUGGUUAGAACUGGGCAGGGAGGGGUAGCAGCCCAAUCUGAAUCUUCUGUGAAGAAGAACCCAAAAAAGCUACAGAUAAACCCAAUGAAAGACGCCCCCAGGGGAGCCCGAGAGGUUGGGGGGAGAAUGAGCACCCCAAUAGGACAGACCUAAUAACAAUGACCAAGGCAAAUGGAUUGUCGACGAUGAGAGAGAGAUGCAUUUGUAGCAAGGUUUGUAAGAACAAGUGCUUAUGCUGGUGAGAUGCGGGAGGAGCCCGGCCUGGAGUUACCCCACAGAGCCCAGAACCUCCAAAUGCCAGAAGCUUCUGUCCCAAGCAACAUAGUUGAACAGUGCCAGAUCAAGUGGUCCCCAGCCAGCAACAAGAAACAGUGGCUCCAGUUCGAUGGGGAUGUGGCAUAGAGUUGACAGCCAAGGGAGAUGUUGACAGACGGCUUCAGACAAUUACCACCUUCAUUGUCAGCUUGGACCAAAUAGCAACAACUUUACUGAGGGCAGAUGUGGUCCUUUCUUCAGUGUCCUUGAAGCAGGUUGUCCUCAUCGAGUUGACAGUUCCCUGGGAGGACCGCAUUGAGGGGGCAAAUGAGCAGAAGCGGGCCUGGUGCCGGGAGCUGGUGGAGCAGUAUCGGAGGCAAGGCUGGAAGGCUCACUGCGAGCCCAUCGAAGUAGGGUGCAGGGGUUUUACCGGCCGCUCACUCUGCAGAGUCUACACCCUACUUGGCAUCACUGAGGCUGGUAAGAGGAAAGCUAUCGGGACCAUCACAGAGGCUGUUGAGAGAGGCUCCAGAUGGCCAUGGAUCAGGAGGGGUGAUCCAUGGGCCAAUGCUGUUGGGACACAAGCUGGGGUCUGAUCGACCCUGGCUGGAUCACCUGGGCAAGGAUGUAUGAUGUUGAAAGACCCGAAACACCCAACGACCCCAGGUUACAUCACUGAUGAUCUGUCCCAGCGCAUCUGCGGAAUAUAUCUUAGAAUCAUCCAUCUCUUUAUCUGGUUAGUUUUUAAUUGGUGGACAACAGUAAUAUAGAAACUACUGCUAUUCAAUUGAAGAAAACGGAGGAGGGAUUGGGUGUUAAAUAAAUAUGUUUUAGGAAAGACCAGAAAUAUGCUUAAUCAGUCAAUCAAAUCAUUUUAGUGGCCUUGGUGCCAUGAUUACUAAGAAUGCUUUUAUGGCAAGAUAUAACCUUGUACUUUGCAAGGUGGCACAUUAAUUUUUUUUAAAUUUCUAACUCUAAAGGGUGAGUUGCUAGUUAAGACAUAGAUAAAACUUAAGCCCUAAAUUGUUCUGACACAGCUGUUAUUUUAGCAUUGAUAUUAAACAAUUUAUUUUAAACUAGUUAAUAUCCCUGCAACAUUCAUCCACAAAUAUCCCCAUUUAUUGGGCCUGACAAUGAUUAAUUCUGUUUAGUUUUUUGAACUGUACAUGUUUCCGGCAGAUUUAUCAUCUAUCCUAAUUUAUUUCUUUCAGAAAUGGUGGUGAGCUUUUUCAUAGGGAUUUCCAAACUUUAGACCCAUAACAAUGAAGGAAUAGUUAAAUAUUUCUAAAUCAGGAAGUUGUGUGAUGUGAAAGAGAACAAAUGUUGCCUGCCCUUUACCCUUGGCGGUGGAAGUGGCAGGACUGGAAGGCUCAAGUACAAGACAUUGUUCCAACUAUUGGAUUCAGCAUAGAGAAUUUCAAGACCUCAGGCCUAUCUUUUACAGUGUUUGAUAUGUCUGGCCAGGGAAGAUACCGGAACUUAUGGGAACACUAUUAUAAGGAAGGCCAAGCCAUCAUUUUUGUUAUUGAUAGCAGUGACAAGUUAAGGAUGGUGGUUGCGAAAGAAGAACUUGACACGCUUCUGAAUCAUCCAGACAUUAAACACAGACGAAUACCAAUUUUGUUUUUUGCAAAUAAGAUGGACCUCAGAGAUGCUUUGUCAUCUGUUAAGGUUUCUCAGAUGUUGCGUUUAGAAAACAUCAAAGAUAAGGCAUGGCAUAUUUGUGCUAGUGAUGCGUUAAAAGGAGAAGGACUACAGGAAGGUGUUGAUUGGCUCCAAGAUCAAAUCAAAGCAAUGAAGACGUGAAAAAUCAAUCUUACGCAAAGGCUUCUGAUACGACAUGAAGCAGAAUGUGACUUGACACAACUCAAGAAUUAAAUUUGUCCCGGAUGCAUCUUAGCAUGUUGUGGAUUAAGCUUUAAUCUGUCUUUAAAAUGUAUUCUUAAGAGAGAAAGAAUAAUGUACAUAGUCAAAGUAAUAAUGUGUACUAUUUUUACAUAUUGUAGAUUUUGCUAAGAACCAUAUUAAGAAAUUAAACAACAGGUCUGAAAAGAGUACUUUUUGCUCAAACACUAACAAAUGAAAACCCUUUGAGAAAUUUACUUCUAAUAUUUCUGGAUUAAUCAGAAGUGCCAUGUAUAAAGAGUAUUUAUUUGCUUGCUACAACCCAGUCACUAAGAUGGAGUAGCCUCAUGCAAUCACAAGCUGCUUUCUGCCAAACAAUAAGGAUCAUAUCAUCAGACCUUACUGUGUGUUCCCUGAGUCCUUGGCAACCACUUUACAACCCACUGUCAGGUUAGUCUGGAAUUUGUUUACCAGUGUUCUAAUGAGCUUUGAAAAGACUGAACAAAAAGUGUGAUUAAUCUAGGACUGGUGUGACUAAAUGGUCGAUGGUCAACGUAGACUUGGUGAGCAUGUGGGGCCUGUUGUUCGUUAUUUUCUUGUCUCUUUGAGAAGGGAGUCAGUUUAAAACUCUUUAUGCAAUUAAUUUAUCCAAAACAUCAAAAUACUAGAAUAAAAAUUCUAUUGGAUUUGCCAUGACCUUUGACAAAAAAAUGUUCAGUAAAAUAUUUCUACUCCAAGCUUGAUGUUUUCUCUGAAUGUAUAGUUCUAUAGAGGAUGGUGGAGACAAUAGGAAUAUUGAAGAUCUCUUGAGUCUAUUUUUUAGGUCACUCAAACUAAACACACUUUUGUGAUCCGCAUUGCAACUCCACGAAUCUUUAAAGAGUUUAUUAUUGAAUAUAUUUAGGGAAAUAGGAAAUCAGAUCUAGUAAAGAGCUAUGCUUGUAGUUGACCUAAGCUAAUCUUGCAAACAAAAAAUAAACUAAAGCAAGGUGCAUAGUGGUAAUUAAGCUUUGUUUUAAUCAUCAGAUGUGACUUUUGAAAGAGUGAAGUGUAUGGCACUGUAGAUAGCCCAUUUAUAAAUGGGAAAGAAAGCUAUGUUGAUCAUUGAUUCAAUAGUUAGAGGUGCAAGCAAGGGAUUUUGCAGCCAUGGAUGUGUUUCCAGGAUUCUUUGUUACUUUCUUAGUACCAGAUUUUAAAUAUCAGAUGUACUGUAGAAUAUACUGAACAGGAAAGAUAAAAAUACAGAAAUGCAACUGGUUACAUGAGCUGAAAUAGAGAUGAAGCCCUGCAGGCAGAUUAUUAGGAGCCAGCAAAAAACCAAAAUCCUCAAAUAAAUGUAUGUGUGUUUCUUUGAGUGGAACAGGCUACAUCAUAACUAGUGCCAGUUUAGGGAAGUUUGUGUAUGUCAUUGGGCAAGAUUUUAGCUACUUUAUUUUGUAGCUGCGGAUAAAGCAUAACUGUAAAGCCCUCUUGGCAGUUUCACAAUCCUGGUUAGGGUUUUUCAGAUGGAUUUAUAAAACAGAUGGAUAGCGUGGUUAAUGAAACACUAAGCUGUGAAAAGUGGAGAAAGCUCAUCUAACGAACAGGACUCAUUGUACUGGAUGCGAACUGUAGAUAUCCAAACAGUUAAAAUAAAGUUAAUUCCUGAUUCAGCCUUGAUUAUUGGCCAGCUUGCAGCUUAAACAGUGGAGUUUUUAAAGGUUUCUGGUGUCCACUGAAAAAGCUUGUAUUAACUGCUUUAAAGAUCCAUGUUUUCAGAUUCAUAAAGCCGGUGCUUCCAGGGAGGCUCCAUGUUUAGUAUGUUACCUAUGUUAGAGUACAGUAAAGCCAAUAAAUCUUUGGCACUUAUAGUAUUUACUCAGUCGGACUGCAUCUAUAAUGCAAAUUACUAAUAUUUGACUAGUAGAAAGGAACUUGCAAUACUAGAGAAAGGGUAGAAGUAUGGAAAUGACUCUCAAAGGAUGCAGAAUAUACCACCGUGUGCUGCUCAUUAAGUUCGUUAGUGAAGGUGAUGGGUUCCUUUGACAUUAAAGCUUUAUUUAA